AUGGCCACCCACCUCGCCGCCGUCUCCCUAGCCAAAGGCAAACCUUAUGAGGUCCAGACCCGCCCAACCCCGAAGCCAGGACCAGACGAGCUCCUCAUCGCUGUCAAAUCUGUAGCUCUCAACCCGGCAGACGCUUACGUGCGUGAUCAUGGCCUCUUCAUAUCCACGUACCCCACCGUCGUUGGCUUCGACUUGUCGGGAUUAGUCCUCGAGGUCGGUGACAACGUUCCCAUCGGUGUUACCGACAAUGGUUCGGGCUCCUCCUUCCGACCGGGCACCCGCGUCGCCGCAUACGGCGCCCCUAUCUGGACGUCCAGCCACCCAGACUACGGCGCAUUUCAGGAGCGGUGUCUCGUUCCCUGGCAGCAUGCUGUGCCUCUCCCGGAAGAGGGUAUAUCUUGGAACCACGCGGCAACCUUGCCCGUAGCCGUUGAGGUACCCCUCUGCGCGUGGGAUCUCAUGGGGAUCCCAGUCCCUGAUGGCUUUACUAGUACCGAUACCAGCGGAGGGAAGGAAAAGUCUAACAAGGAAAAAAGUGAAGCUCUCCUAAUCUGGGGUGCGUCCUCUAGCGUCGGCACCAUGGGCGUGCAAACAGCGCGCCUGCUGCGGGAAGAUCCCAAUUCUUCUUUCGCAGCCGUUUAUGCCGCGGCCGGCUCGGCGCAUAGGAGCUAUGUGCAUUCACUAGGUGCGGACCGCGUGUUCGACUACAAAGACUCACAAGUCGUGGAUGCCAUCGUUUCGGCGGCCAAGGAGGACGGGUUAGUGAUCCGGCAUUGUUUCCUUGCUACCGGGCAGCUGGCGCUAUGUCAAUCUGUGCUUAAGAGGUUCCUCGGAGAAAAUCAAGAAGAGGAGAAGACAAAGACGACGAAGAUCGCGUCGGCACCCCGCCUUCCUCCGGAUGCUGAGGUCGUGAGCGGGGUGGAGACAAUAUCUGUGACGACGUCGUCGAUUAAAGAGGAGAGACUGGAGCAGUUCCGAUACUGGCUCGGGACGUGGCUAAGGGAGAACCUGGCUAAGGGGGCCAUCAGGCCGAGUCCGGAGCCGAGCAUCGUGGGGAAGGGUUUGGGGGCUAUCAAUGCUGGAUUGGACAAACUGCUUCAGGGGGUCAGUUGUACGAAGUUAGUUGUUGAGGUUGCGGAGUGA